AAAACUUUCCUGGAGACUAAGACCCAGACAGGUUUUAAGAAGGUGAAACAACUUUGUGGUAAAAUGGAAUUUCAAGAUGUCACUCACUUCUAAAUCAAGAAGAUCAACUGUGUACUCUGGAUAUAAGGUUUAAUAUCAAAUAAAAUAUUUCUUGACAUUCUUCUUGACUUGAUUACUUUGAACCUUGGAACAAACAGCCUUCCUGAUGUAUGGAUGCGCCUUACAGUUUCAGAUUUACAAAAUCUGGCAACUACAUUAACGGUGAACUCAGAACUUAUUGAUUGGCGCAGAUUCUUAUUAACAGCGGCUCAACCAUGGCCAGUUCCCUCUGUGAUACAGCUCCUUAAUACCCUGCACAGCUUUAAGGCUGUUGAUGAAGCUGGAUCAGGCUUUGUUACACAGGAAUACUAUAAUCAGGUUGGUUUAUGGUUUAAAGGCAGUGAAGAUUUUAAAAUGCCAGAAAAUCCUACAGAGCCUUUGCCUUUUAAUAGACAGGAGCAUCUUAUAACGUUUUUCUUUACUUUAUUUGCUGAUGCCAGAAAAGAUCCCUCUCAACUUGACUAUACUAAGAUGCUGCUUUAUUUUGCUUCGCAUCCUGAUGCUGUUGAGGGAGUCUACCGAGCGCUUAGUAUUGCUACUGGAACAUACAUCCAUAGAAGAAAAGAGGUUUCUCCUCCACAUGUGUCUCUUUCCCACACUGACAUGCUGAUAAAGGAGGAACCUUUGGUGGAAAAAGAAAAAAUCUUGUAUUGCACAGAUGAGGGAAGAAUUUCUAUGGCAACUCUACAAAGAGUGUUCCAUCAUGAAGGAAGUAAAACUGGUGACGACCAUAGAUUCAGUGGUCAGCAGAAGGCAGGCAGUAAUAAUAAGUAUUUCAGAAAAAUAUACAAGGAACUGGGCUCUGAGGAUCUGAAACCCAUUCCAAUUACCAUUCUUUUGAAGCAUCCUUUCAUUCAGGACUUGAUUAACAACUACCAGGGGUACAAACUUCCUGAUAUUAAAGUGAUUCUACAAAGAGAUGAACAGACACAAUCAACUGAUGGAGAAAUAUAUAAAGAUGUUAAAAUAUGAAAAAAAAAUUAAGCAGUAAGGGAAGAUUUGUAGGAAUUAGGACUUGUGGUCUACUGAUGUGAG